AACUGUGUGGGGAAACGUAGAAAUUUAGUCUGGCAAAUUAGUUUAAUCUGCAUGUUUCUAUCAGCUGAUCACAGAUCGAGUACAAAUGGUGAUGACAUCGCUCUAAGUGUAUGGUUGCGUUGGUUAGCAAAAUGUUGGUGUUUGAGGGAAAAAGAUUGGUUUUAUUACUUUUCUUAGUUGGAACAGUUUUUUGCUCUGAUGUUUGGAAGCAGUUCAGAGGUGAGCGGUUUCCCUGGAGAAAGGUAAAACCCGGAGUUCAGUCUACAUCCACUUCCCAAUUGCGAUCGCUGGAUGUGCAAAGUAUUUCUCCUUUGCAGAGUGUAAUGGUGGAGUGCGGGGAGAUUAGCUUAUUGGUUAAGGUCCACCUGGAUUUGUUCGGAACUCGGCAUCCCAUUAAAGCAUCCGAUUUAACGCUGGGGACAGCAAGUUGCCGACCAACUGGGAUUUACCCUCGGAACCAUACUGUUGUCUUUAACUAUGGGCUCCAUGAGUGCGAUAGCGAAUUACAGAUGGUUGGAGAUUCCCUUAUGUAUACAACCUACCUUAAUCACACACCCCAGGUUUAUGGAACGAUUAUUGUUCGAACUAGUGGAGCAAUCGUUCCCAUUCAGUGCCGUUAUUUCAGGAAAGGGAAUGUGAGCAGUGACUCAAUCAAGCCCACUUGGGUUCCCUUCAGUUCUACCAAGUCCAGAGAGGGGCAUCUGUCAUUUUCCCUACGUUUAAUGAAUGAUGACUGGCUUACAGAACGCAGUUCAACUGUAUAUCAUCUGGGUGAGCUCAUUCACAUUGAGGCUUCUGUUUCAAUGAUUAAUCAUACACCUCUGAAGCUCUACAUUGACCGCUGUGUAGCCACAUUGAGCCCAGACAAGGACUCCACCCCAAGAUACAACAUCAUUGAUCACCAUGGUUGCCUUCUGGACAGUGUGGCUGAGGACUCCUUUUCGACUUACAUGUUGCGAGGGGAUAAACGUGAAAUGGAUAAGCUCCGCUUUGACCUGGAUGCCUUCUGUUUCUUUGGAGAUGAGCGUUCCUUGAUUUUCAUCACGUGUCACUUGAAAGUUACUGCAGUUGAUCAGAAGGAUUCCAUGAACAAGGCUUGCACAUUCCAGAAGGUGCAGAACAUUUGGACGCCAUUGGAGAAUUCAAGCAUCGAUGUCUGUGCCUGUUGUGGUUUGGGCAAAUGCACUGCUGCAAGGAAAGUUCCAUUUCCCUCCAGAGGACGAAGGGAUGUUCAGCCCAAUGCUGGAAAAGAUGGUGGAACAAAAUGGGAUGGUGAGACCUUGCUUGGACCAAUGAUCAUUCUGGAUCCUGACAUGACCAGCCUGGAAACUGAGCGAAUGAAUACAUUUCAGCAGCACACAUUGGAGGGAUCUCCAGAGGGUGUGGUGUCGGAGGUGGUCCUUGUCGUGGCCCUGGCUGUGACAGCUGUCUCUCUGACAUUUGCUACUUUGGUCAUUUUGUGCUUGUAUGGGAAAUGCAAGCAAAUUCAGUGUAACAGUUUCAACUAAGCAAUAAAACUCCUC